AUGUCUAGGAAUCCCAUCCGCAAGGCUAAAAUGGCUGGUGGUAAACGAGGUGGACAACCUGCCAGCAUGGCUCUGACACAGGAGCCUCCUCCAGUUGAAAGAGGAACGAUGGUGUGGUUUAAAUUUCAAGACCACCCAUUCUGGCCGGCUGUGGUGAAGAGUGUCAGUGCGUCGGAGAAGACCGCACGGGUGCUCUUGAUUGAGGCAGACCUGCGCCAGGAGAGGAGCGGCAUCCGAGUUCCUCUUCGAAGACUGAAGCCCCUGGAUUGCAGAGAGAAAGACAGACUCCUGCAGAGAGCCAGGAAAGUGCACGAGCAAGGUGUUAACUGGUGUUUCUCCCUCAUCUCCCACUACACACAAGCCAUCGGCCGGGGUUCCUUCGUGGGCUCUUUCCUGGACUAUUAUGCCGCCGACGUCAGCUACCCACUCAGGAAAGCCAUCCAAGAGGGCCCGCUGGAGGUUGACUUUCCAAAGGUGAACUAUGCCGACCUGGAAGACUCUGAGGAGGAGACCUCCCUGGGCGGGAAGAGGCCCUGCAAGAGGAUUCUCCCCGACAGGAUGAGGGCCGCUCGGGACCGGGACAACCGCAAGCUGGUGGACUUCAUCGUGAAGAGAAGGGGGGCCGACCACCACCUCCUGGACAUCUUGAAGGGCAGGAAACAGUCCAGGUGGCUGACAUCAUUUCUGAAUUCACCAAGGCACAGGCUCUGCGUUGAAACGUACCUGGAAGAUGAGGACCUGUUGGAUGUUUUGACGAAACAUCUACAAGAAAUCUAUACACAAAUGGACAACACCAUGCUGACUCUCAUAAGAGACGACAAAGUAAAUUUUGUUCUGGAAGUUCUCCUGCCAGAAGCAAUCAUUUGUUCCAUCGCAGCACUUGAUGGGCUGGAUUACCAGGGGGCAGAAGAGAAGUAUCUGCGAGGGCCCCCCGUGCACUACCGCGAGAAAGAACUAUUUGACAGAAACGUCAUAAAGGAAAGGAGAAAGAGAUCAGCAACCAUGAGGACGGCUAACUAG